AUGUCCCAGCAUAUUGUACUUGCAAUAAAUGUGCAACUGUUCCCUUUUUCAACGUUAAUAUAUUUAGAAAAGCAUUUACUGGAUCUUUACACAAUUUUCAAACAGCAGGCGGAAACACAAACGGAGCAAACAGAAUUGCUGGAUUUACCAGUGCCAAAAUUGAGUGAGGAACGGAAUGCACCAAUAGGUUUGCCAAUGCAAGGAAUAAGUGGAGAAAUAGAAGGAUGCUGGAACGAAGGGUCUAAAAGAUAUAGAGAAUUCAUGAAUUUACCAUUCGAAGAAGAGAGCGUUGAAUGA